UCUUCUUUUGAUUUAUUGAUUUAUUUUGUGUGUGUGUACCCAGCUCUUCUCUAUUAUGGCGACGCUGUGGAUACAAACUGCUGCUCUCAUGGUCUUACUGGUCAUGUCAUGCCCUAGCUCUCAAGCCAUUGCUGCACAGCGUCUGUGUGGUUCUCAUCUGGUUGAUGCCCUCUCUUUCGUGUGUGGAGACAGAGGUUUUUACUUCUCCCCUGCAACCAAUUACAACACUAAGCGCGGUAAUGCAGCAUCAGCUGUGACAGGAAAUAAGGAUCCAUCCUCUGGGGACCAGAUCGGAGUGGUGCCAUCGCAGAAUAUUCUGGAUGCUUGCUGCUACAAGCCCUGCAACCUAUAUGACUUGCAGAAUUACUGCCACUGAAAUUGGAGUACAAACACUAGCUCUUAGCAAUGUCGCUGUUUGCGUAGCAUAGCUUAGCUUGUUUGCUAACACUCUGUAAAAUCUGCCCAUAAUAUGUCAAUGUAGAACUGGAAACAUGCUGUUAGCAAGCGGUUAUUAAAGGAUUCUAUUUAGAAAUUGUUAUUUUUACUUUUUAAUAAACGUUGAU